GAGAGAGGCGUCAGAGGUUUGGCGGCGUUCCAAGGCGUCCGAGAAGGAGGCCAGCAGCAAGAGCACCGUUUUUCCAGAGAAAACGUCCGAAAAAAAGUUCAGCGGCAGCUGCGCGUUGUCUUCUGUGCAUGCGCUUUGUCGCUACACUCUCUUUCCUGCCCGAGUCCGACAGCGAGCUCGGCGCGGAAGCGAGUCUCUCCCUCGAGUUCUCUCGUUUUCUCUACAGACCUUUCCCCGUUUUUCGAGGCGAAUUUCCGGCCAAUACUCCAAAGCGGCCGCGUCGCGGCUCGCGAAUGCUCAGAGUCUCUUUGGUGAUUGUGCGCGGCACAGCAGAGAAGCCGUCGUCGGCUGUUGCGACAGCAGCUCCGUUCCGUCCCCGCGGCGCGCGCCCUCCGCAGACAUGUCUACGGCCUUAAUUGCCUUUUUCUUCAACUGCUUCUGUCUUCUGCUUCCUCACCGUCUUCUCUCCUGAGCCUUUGUCUUCUCCCUUUUCUCCAGCGUGUGUCUGAAGGCCUGUCCGCGGUCGAAGACUCUCUCCGCUCGAGAGUCUGGCGGCCAAGAAACAGGGAGUCGAGCGGCGCCUGCUUCCUUGCGGCGCGGCUUGUCCUGCUCCUGCUCCAGGUUGUCCGUUCCAGAUUUCUCGAGCGUUUCCUUGGUUUCCCUCGCGCAUGUCUUCCGCGCUCUUCGUCGACGAAGGCAGUCUUCCCCUCCCGCCGUCUCUCCAGCCGGUCUGAGAGUGUGCGUCUCCGGCCUUUCGGUUUCCUCUAAAGAAGAAAAGAGACGCAAGGAGGCGAAGAAGGCGGCUUCCUACUGCCUCGUCCUCUGAUGUAGACCUGUCUCCUUUUCUCGCCUCGGCCCAGGCUCUAAAAGAGCUCGCGCAGGAUGCGUGAGGGUGCGUUCGACGCCUCCCGAAAAAAGGGAGGAACGCAGAGGCCUUCUUCUUUGUCCACUGCCCAGCCGCCCAGUGACUCGCGUCCACCAUCUUCUUCUUCUCCACCGUCUUCUUCUUCGUCUUCUUCGUCUGCUUCUUCUUCUUCUCCGUCUCACCCUCCGCGUCCGUUUCCCUCCGCUUCCUCUCCCUGGUUUCCAACCUGCGAGGCGAGUGCAGAGAAAAUGGACCGCGCUCAGACAGACAGCAGGCAAGAGCCGAUCCUCCGGCCUGUCGCUGCGGGAGAAGAAGCGUCGCCGGCCUUUGUGCCUUGGCAGACGAGAGCUUUCUCGCCGAUCGCGCGCGGCUCUCUCAGAGGAUCGGUCCUCACGCUGGCUUCCUCCUGCUUGGGCGCAGGAGUUUUGGCGACGCCGUACGCGAUGCAGGAGACUGGCCUGUUGAUCGGCUUGAGUCUGCUCUGCAUGCACACAUUCGUAUCUUUUUUCACCACGUACAUUUUGAUGGCCUCGUCGAAGUUCUUCGGCAGUUCCACCUACGCAGAACUCGCGCACCGUGCGUCGCCGCGCCUGCCCAGAAGGGCUGUCGAUGCGAUCAUCGUUCUAAACGGCCUCGGCGUCUGUCUCUCCUUCCUCGUCUUCCUCGGAGACUUCCUCCCAGCCUCUCUGGAGAACCUCCAGCUCUUUCCGCGCGCUACAGACCACCGCGCUGCCCUCCUCUGCGCCAGCAUGGUAGUGAUUUUCCCGCUGUCUGUACAGCCGAGACUGUCGGCUCUGCGCCACUUUGCGUUCUUUCCAGUUUGCGCGCUGCUGUUUUCUCUCUCCUGCGUCGUCUAUCGUUCGCUGCACUUGCUGAGGGAACAGACCGCGCCGAUUCGCUUGGUCAAUCUGAAUUGGAAUUUCUUCAAGUCGUUCAACGUUUUCCUCUUCGCAUUCAUGCAACACAUCAACGUCUGUCCAAUAGGCCGAGAGCUGCAAAAUCCGACAGAUCCGCGGGUGUACAAGGUGUCUCUGCGGGCGGCGCUCCUCGAGUACUGUCUGUACACCCCGAUUGCGACGCUCGGGUACUUGUCCUUCCGCGGCGUCACGAAGCAGAACUUUAUGUUGAACUACAGUUCUGAAGACCAGCUGAUGCAUGUCUGCACGUUGCUUUUGUCUUUUUCGAUGGUUCUCGGAGUGCCGUUGACCCUCAUACCGACGGUCGAUUCGAUGUUCAGCUUGCUGCGAAGCCUCGCGCCGGCUCCACGCAGAGCCGCGCGCGCGGCCCUCGGCGAAGCGCCUCGGAGACGCAGCUUGGUCGCGCCUCUGUUGCAUGCAGAGCGCACAGACGGCCUGGUGCGAGUCACUGUGUCGCUGGCGUUCGAGAAGGAAGGCGGACUCGGCGACGCGGAAUACGGUGGAGCGGAAGCAGGGGAGGCGACGCGCGGCUGCGGCGAAGGCGUAGAGUCCCCCGGCGAAGUCCAGCCGGAACAAGCAGACGCCGGCGCUCGGAACAGAGACCGAAGCCGCCUGCAUGCCGACAGCGAGCGCAGUGCGGGGGACCGAGAAGGAAGCCAAGCGGAGGAGGAGAGGGAGGAGGAGAGGUCGGGAGAGGAGCGGUCUGUCGUGACGGCGACGCAGGCCUCUCGCUGCGAAGGAAGCAGUUCAGCGUCUUCUCGCUCGGUGGACAGCGGCUCGGGAGGCUGCCAAGACGCAUGUGAAAGCCGCGAAACGAGAACGCGUUUCCUCGCACUGGAGGAAGAACCUAGUGGGGACCGCGAAGCGAGAGAAGAGAGAGAAGAACGAGAGGAAAGAGAAGGACAAGGGAGACGGGGUGGUGAAUUGCUGCUGCUGAUGGGGAGAGUUUUGGAGAACAGGAAAGUUUGCGUCGCUGCAUGUCUGCUGCCCGUCCUGCUUCUGGCGCUCGUCUUGGACAAAGCGGCAGACGUCGUCGGCCUCUUGGGCGGCUUCUUCUCCACCCUCCUCAUGAGCGCGCUGCCGUCAAUUAUUUUCUACGCGGGAAUCGGAAACCUCUACUACCGUCCGUUCACACGAAGUCUGCUCAUGGUCUUCCUUCUCGGCGUGACUUGCGUCGGCGCCUUCUCGUCAGUGAUCAUCAUUCUUCAAACCUUCAAUGUCUGCUGCCAGGUCCCGCGGUCUGUGCUGCACUAGGUCUGGAGGGGGAACACUCCGAGAAGAAUGCUGGCGAAGAACAUUCGCGGGCAACACCGGAAAGGCGUCGAUUUACCGUUUUUCUGGAUUUCUCUGUCGCCCGUCGGGCCUCCAGCGUGGAGGAAGCGCCGCCUGAAUCGUGGAAACGCAUGCGUCUUCUUUCAUGUGAUUUGCGGAGACAUUUGCACUACCUUGAAAAUGCGUUUGAUCCGUGCGAAGGUCGGCAUCUCUGUGGCGGCGAAUAUGAAGGAUCAAGCGCUUGGCGAUCAAGCCAGAGGCUUUGAAGAGGAGCGAGUCGAGAAGUCUCCGAAAGGGAACGAGUUCCAAGAAUUCGUUUUUCCGCUGUGUGUGUGAGAAGACUCGGGAAGAAUGCGAGAGACGCAGGCUCGCGUUUCUUGAUAUGCGUCUCUGGCUCGGUGCCUCUCCAUUUCCCCCGUUCCUCAAGGGAAUUGGGUCGCUUGGAGACUUGAACAAAAAAUGCAGAAAGUCCAGGGAAAAUGUUUUUGCCUCUCUCCUUUGUCUCGGAAGAAAGAGUGUGUUCCUCGUGGAGCGAGUGAGUUUGAGAGUUCACUCGCUUGUGAAUGCAGGCUGCACAAGUCUGUUUCUCUCUCUCUUCUCUCCCUCGAUUCUUCUCUGUGGCGGCGACAGUGUCUCUCGCUCUUCCAGCCUUUCGGCUGUCGACUUCUAGCGGCCGCGCCUGCCGAGUUUUCCUUCCUCGUUUUUUCCUGUCUUGCGUUGUUUUCGCUUGUCAAUUGUGUGUACGUAGAGUCGACAGGCUCUGACGAGGUUCCAGAACGCGCCGAGUUGCGCGGAGCGGCCUGCCGUUCGCUUUUCCAGAGCCGUUGCUCUGGAGGGAUAGCAGUCGGUGAAUGCAGUUGUGGUUCUCGUUUCAGUCGACUUUUCGGUAGUUCCUGCAGACGGCAUCUUCUCGGAUCUCUGGUACAGAUCGCUUCACCUCUGUAAAAGAGAUUUGUUUGAAUGUGUCUGUGGGUGUAUUUAUUUGUGUAUCGACAGCUGUUUGAGUCUAUCUACGCGUGCGUCUCUAUUUACCAGUCUAUCUCGAUCGAUUUGUAUCUACAUCUCUCAACAACUGUCGUCUGUCUGUCCCCGUCCACCUUCAUCUCUCUGUAUGCAUCUCGAUGUCGGUGCGUCUCCCUAUUUCUCCAACUCUGUCUCUCUGCGCAUUUUAGGGGAAGAAGCGCCUUGCUCUGCGUCCACAGAACGAGAGAGGCUCGAACUGCUGAGCGUCGCGAGGCCAGCGAGUUUUCUACCGCAGAGAGUGGUUUCUUCUUCCGUAGUAUUUUUGAGUCUUUACGAAACCGUGAGUUCGUCUGCAAGCCUCUCUGUCGGUGAAGAGUCGCGAUACGGAACAUUCUUUUGAAGAGCGACCUAAAAACGUAGAAAACGUAGAUCUGUCGAGGCUUGUGUGGGAGUGUCUUUUCGACAGUCUUGAUGUAUGUAGUUUCAAGGGCGAAGACGGCGUAAGAAAUGCAGACUGUUCGGAUCUCUCCAGAUGCGGAGUUCCAGAGGAGCGAGGAAGCGAACUUUUUUGUCAGCUUCCAGCGUCUCAAGGAGGAAAAGCGCCGCGCGCGCUUGUGCGGCAGACGCAGAACCGACGCUCGUCCUUGUCUCCACAGUCUCAGCCUGAGAUGAUUGCUUCGAAACGGAGGCGAUCUCCGCAGCGGCCUCUUUCUUUCGAAUGCCUGAGAACUGUGCUGGGGAACUGAAAGGUUCUCUCCCGUAAAAGCGAGAGCAAGUAACUGCUCAGACGCGAGUGGUACCAUCUCAGAAAAAUCCUUAAAAAAGCUUUUUCUGCGGAGUCCUUGACUAUGCUACGCCGAAAGAACCGGCCACAACUGGAAUUCAAGCUUCAGGCUCACAUAAUACACCAUUUCCAUGGUUGAAUACGUCAUCCAUUUCUCUAUUAUUCAAAGGCAAAUCUAAAAGGACCGUUGCCCAUUCACCUGAUAGAAGCGGACCCUGUUUUUUCGAGCGAAACUCCGUUUUCCCUUGAAGUCAGAAGUAAAGCGUGCAUGCGGCAACAAAAGAAACUGUUCUGACAGUGAGUGAGAAAACGUCCGUUGGGAGAUGUAUCUCCCGUCUUGCUUCUGCGGUUUGUCUGGCCGAAAGAGGCGGCUUUGAAAUAUAUUGUAUAGUGUGUAUCGACUUUUAAAAGAAACAAGUUCCCGUCGAGAGAUGCCACUCAUCUACGACAGAUCCCGCAAAUGCUUCGCUUCGUCGGUUCUGCACUGCUAGGAGACAUCGAGUCUCCGCACGGUUCCCCGAACUGAAAAGAAACGAAGGUGAUUUGCUCGCAGAAGAAGUGAGUCUUACUCCUAUGUCUCACACCCAUGCAGGUGUGGCUGUGUACGGAGAGAUAGAUACAGAAAAACAGAUUUAGGUCGAAAUGGAGAAGAGAGAUACAGAUAGCCACAGAGAUAGGUAUAGAUCGAUAGAUGAGUAUAGAUAAAAGACGUGGACAGAGAGAGAUAUAGACAAAAGCAGAAA